AUGACUCCAUCGGUUGUUUUACUGGCUGUCAUGGCCAUAUCCUCCAGUAUAGCCUGUCCAGUUCAGCCACCAUGUCAGUGCAAGAACCAAACCGAUCCGUAUACCCUCAAACUCGAGUACAUCGUUGAUUGUUCUAGUCUCGGGCUUACCCUCGUCCCAAAGUUUACCGGUGGAGAAACAGUCGACAAAAUACUUCUGAAUGGAAACAGAAUCGUAAAGGUUUCCAAUGGAAGUUUUACCGGCGUAACAACAGGCGCUAUAGACCUAUCCUCUAAUGGUCUCCAGAUAAUCGCCGCUGGGGCUUUUAAGGGGUUGGAGAAGUCCCUGACGGACUUACAGCUGAGCACAAAUAACCUCAUUCUCCCCAUACCGGGACUUCUCCGCCUCACUGCUCUCAAAACCCUCAACCUGGACUAUAACCUUAACAUGAGGACAAUCUACACCAAGUCCUUCUACGGGCUCACGUCUUUGACAAAGUUGGUUUUGUCCCGAAAUUUCAUCAACCGUUUUGAACAUGGAGCUUUUGAAGGGCUACCAGCACUUACAGAGUUAAGCCUUUUCGCCUGCGACUUGCAAGAAAUUCCAUCAGCAUUAAGUUCUUUGACCAAUUUACAAACACUCAAGUUCGACCUUAAUUUCAUUACUAAACUUCCUGCUAACGCUUUCAGAGGCCUGUCUAACCUAAAAUACCUGGAGCUAAGUCGCAAUGCGCUUACAAGCCCUGACCAAAUCGAUGCUGAUGCCUUUAAGGGUCUAGACAAUUUGGAAAAGUUGAACCUUUUCUACGACAAACUGGGAAACGUGCCUAAACAUGCAUUCUCCUACCUCAAAAACCUGGAAUAUUUGGACUUGAGCUACACAAAUAUAGCCCAAAUAGUCAGUGGUGAUUUGGCUGGCCUGAACUCCUUGACUCAACUGGACAUUAGUGGCAAUAGUGUUCAUUUCCAACCAGGUAUGUUCUCCGACGUUAGCAAGACUCUCAACUAUAUUCUCAUUAGAUCCAAUGGACUAACAGCUCUGCCUAUACCCGUUUUGCAGGAGGUAAAAAGCCUCCAAUGGAUUGACGCAGCACUAAGUGAUUUCCCCAAAGAUCUACCCGCAAAUUUUGCUUCCGGACUUUCCAUAAACAGACUUAGUUUGAUGUGGAUGAAUCUGACCUCAAUCAGACCUGAUACGUUUAACGGUCUGGCUUCACCGUUACAUCUGGACCUGGACUCAAACGCCCUCCGCUCACUAGACUUUGUCACCGACCUCUGUCAGUUCGGUUAUAUUUCUGUCAGCGAGAACCCGAUCGUUUGUGACUGUCACGUGUACAACAUAACCCAGGCCCAGACCACCACCUUAGACGGCACGUGCGCUUCACCCCCGGCAUAUAAGGGUCUGGGUAUUAGGAGUGACGAGUUCCAGCGGAAAGCCAAAGAGGAUUGUAAAAACCAGCAUAUCGUCGGACCGGUGAAGUGUCCGUGGAAAUGAAGUAAACAUUUUUAUGAAUGCGAGAAAAUAGAGAAACCAAGUCUGUACCAGCAAGUUUGUAGAAUAAACUGAAAAGGGUUGUACUGUUGAAGAAUGUUGAAGUACUGUUUUAUAGAAUACAUCCAGAUUCCAUCUUAGGAAUUGGGUAGCAUAUAUAUAAUAGCUUAAACUGCUGGGAUAUAUGUAAUUGCGUAAACUCUUGUCAACGUAAUUAUUACCUCCUUACAUUCUAUACUGCAUCACCCCCGGCAUAUAAGGGUCUGGGUAUUAGGAGUGACGAGUUCCAGCGGAAAACCAAAGAGGAUUGUAAAAACAAGCAUAUCGUCGGACCGGUGAAGUGUCCGUGGAAAUGAAGUAAAAAUUUUUAUAAAUGUGAGAAAAUAGAGAAACCAAGUCUGUACCAGCAAGUUUGUAGAAUAAACUGAAAAGGGUUGUACUGUUGAAUUUUCUAGAAUACAUCCAGAUUCCAUCUUAGAAAUUGGGUAGCAUAUAUAUAAUAGCUUAAACUGCCGGGAUAUAUGUAAUUGCGUAAACUCUUGUCAACGUAAUUAUUACCUCCUUACAUUCUAUACUGCAUCACCCCCGGCAUAUAAGGGUCUGGGUAUUAGGAGUAACGUUCCAGCGGAAAGCCA